GGCAGGGCACAGAGCGCGCAUGCGCCGCGGCGCCAGCGCUCUCCCCGGAUCGUGCGGGGCCUGAGCCUCUCCGCCGGCGCAGGCUCCGCUAGCGCCAGCUCGCUCCCGCCGCCAUGUCUGCCACCGUCGAGCGGGAGUUUGAGGAGUUGGAUGCUCAGAAUCGUUGGCAGCAGCUGUACUUGGAAAUUCGCAAUGAGUCCCAUGACUAUCCUCAUAGAGUGGCCAAGUUUCCAGAAAACAGAAAUCGAAACAGAUACAGAGAUGUAAGCCCAUAUGAUCACAGUCGUGUUAAACUGCAAAAUGCUGAAAAUGAUUAUAUUAAUGCCAGUUUAGUUGACAUAGAAGAGGCGCAGAGGAGUUACAUCUUAACACAGGGUCCACUUCCUAAUACAGGUUGCCAUUUCUGGCUCAUGGUUUGGCAGCAAAAAACCAAAGCAGUUGUCAUGCUAAACCGAGUUGUGGAGAAGGAAUCGGUUAAAUGUGCACAGUACUGGCCAACAAAAGAUGAUCCAGAGAUGCUGUUUAAAGAAACAGGAUUCAGUGUGAAGUUCUUGUCAGAAGAUGUGAAGUCAUAUUAUACAGUACAUCUACUGCAGUUAGAAAAUAUCAAUAGUGGUGAAACCAGAACAAUAUCUCACUUUCAUUAUACUACCUGGCCAGAUUUUGGAGUCCCUGAAUCACCAGCUUCAUUUCUCAAUUUCUUAUUUAAAGUGAGAGAGUCUGGUUCCUUGAAUCCUGAGCAUGGGCCUGCAGUGAUCCACUGUAGUGCAGGCAUUGGGCGGUCAGGCACCUUUUCUCUAGUAGAUACCUGUCUUGUUCUGAUGGAAAAAGGAGAUGAUAUUAACAUUAAACAACUAUUACUGAAUAUGAGAAAAUAUCGAAUGGGACUUAUUCAGACACCAGAUCAACUCAGAUUUUCAUAUAUGACUAUAAUAGAAGGAGCAAAAUUUAUAAAGGGAGAUUCAAAUAUACAGAAACGAUGGAAAGAACUUUCUAAGGAAGACUUAUGUCCUGCUUUUGAUCAUUCACCAACCAAAAUAAUGACUGAAAAAUACAAUGGGAAUAGGAUAGGCCUGGAAGAAGAAAAACUGACAGGUGACAGAUAUACAGGACUAUCCUCUAAAAUACAGGAUACGACGGAGGAGAACAGUGAGAGCGUUCUACGGAAACGUAUUCGAGAGGACAGAAAAGCUAACACAGCUCAGAAGGUGCAGCAGAUGAAACAGAGGCUAAAUGAGACUGAACGAAAAAGGAAAAGGUGGUUAUAUUGGCAACCUAUUCUCACUAAGAUGGGGUUUGUGUCAUUCAUUUUGGUGGGCGCUUUUGUUGGCUGGACACUAUUGUUUCAGCAGAAUGUCCUAUAAAUAAACAAUUCUGCCCAGCAAGCCACUGCACUAGUAGGUGACAGUGUUGCGUUAGUCCCAAGGGUUUGUCUCUUAGCAGACUCCUUGCAUCCCAGAAACAGUGCAGUAGAAUAGACACCAACCAGAUAAAUGAUAUAUUCAGACCCCAGCCCAACAUCUCAGGGCGCUAUCCCCUAACUGUAAACGGCUAUCUGAAAUAAAGACUUGAAUACUUAUUGAAAACUGGUACAUUUUGCAACUGUAUUCAUACAUGUUAAGUGUAAUAUUUCCUGAUCAGAUUGAGAAAUCCUUUAUCACAAGGAUUUGUUUAUGGAGGCUCUCUGGAUUUUAACCUGCACUUGAUACAAGCAAUAAAUAUUGUGGUUUUAUCUACAUUAUUACUGGAAAGAAAAUGACCUUUAAAUAAUGCGUGUAAUGUAUAAUGUACUGUUGACAUGGGCAUCAACAUUUUAUAUUCUUAACCAUUUCAGGGUAAAUAUAUUUUAUAAGUAUCUAUUUAAUCUUUUGUAGUUAAAUGUACUUUUUAAAAGCUCAAUUUGAAAAAUCUGUUAACAUAAAAAAUAAAUUGUGUGUUGAUUCAA